AUGAUCUCCCGAGGGUUGUUGUUGAAGCGCGCCGGCGCCGGAUACCGUCAGGUUUCCCCAUACAGCGGCCUCACCUCCGAGGAGUUCAUGCGCCAGCCGGCCGGCGUCAACGAGCCGAUUCUCGAGUACAAGCGCGGCAGCAAGGAGCGCACGGAUCUGGAUGCCGAGCUGAAGGCGAUGUCGGCCAAGCCGACCGACGUCCCGCUGUGCAUCGGCAAGAAGAAGGUCGCCGGCAAGCUGGACAGGCGGCAGGUGAUGCCCUUCGAGCACAAGACGACGUUGGCCCGCUUCUCGCACGCCACCUCGGAGCAGAUCGUUGAAGCCAUCGAGGCCGCGCUGUCGGUGCGCGAGAAAUGGGACCAGACUCCGUUGAAAAAACGUGCUGAUAUCCUGCUCCACGCCGCCGACCUGGCCGCCACCAAGUACCGCAUGAAGCUGAUGUCGUCGACGAUGCUCGGCCAGGGCAAAAAUAUCUAUCAGGGUGAAAUCGACUCCACCUGCGAGCUGAUCGACUUCCUGCGCUUCAGCGCCAAGUUCGCCCUCGACGCCGAGAAGUGGCAGCCGAUUUCGAUCAAGACGUCCACGAACAAACUCGUCCUUCGCGGCCUGGAUGGUUUCGUCGCUGCCGUGGCCCCGUUCAACUUCACCGCCAUCGGCGGCAAUCUGUCGGCUGCUCCGGCUGUGAUGGGUAAUGUGGUGCUAUGGAAACCGUCGGAUACCUCCGUCCUCAGCAACUAUGUCGUGUACCAGAUCCUCGAAGAAGCUGGUAUCCCCGCCGGCGUCAUCAACUUUUUGCCAUCCGAUGGGCCGACGUUCGGCAACACGGUGACGAAACACCCCGAGCUCGCCGCCAUCAACUUCACCGGCUCCGUGCCCACGUUCAAGACGCUGUGGAAGAAUGUGGCCAACAACCUCGACUUCUACAAAACGUUCCCGAAACUUGUUGGAGAAUGCGGCGGCAAGAACUUCCACUUCAUCCACCCAUCCGCCAACGUGGAUACGGCCGUCGCAGCCACCGCGCGAUCGGCUUGGGAAUAUUCUGGCCAAAAAUGCUCGGCCUGCAGCCGCGUCUACAUUCCGAAGAGCAUGUGGAACAGCUUCCAGGAGAAGCUCGCCGUCAUCCACAAGCAGAUCAAGCUGGGAGACGUUCGUGAUGGGUCCGUCUUCAUGUCGGCCGUCAUCGAUGACAAGUCGUUCGCCCGCAACAAGUCCUACGUCGACUUCGCGAAGAGCGGCGGAAACGGCGCAAAGGUGAUCCUCGGCGGCAACUGCGACGACUCGAAGGGGUACUUCAUCGAGCCGACGCUGAUCCAGGUCGAGAGCCCGAAGAAUAAGCUGAUCCAAGAGGAAAUUUUCGGACCAAUUCUAACAGCCUACGUGUAUGAUGAUAAGGACGUGGACAAGACGCUCGGCUCUUUGAAGGACGCCACGCCGUUCGGUCUGACUGGCGCCGUGUUCUCCGGCGACAAGGACUUCCUGUACAAGGCGCGAGACAAGCUCCGGGACGCCGUCGGCAACCUAUACCUCAACGACAAGUCCACCGGGGCUAUCGUCUCGCAGCAGCCGUUCGGUGGCGCUCGCAUGUCAGGCACCAAUGAUAAGGCCGGUGCCCCGCAGUACAUGCUGAAGUGGACGUCGCCGCAAACGAUCAAGGAGACGCACGUCGAGCUGCCCGACUGGCGAUACCCGUCGAUGGAU